GCGGACGGCAGUAGAGAGAGCCGGGCCAUCGACUCGACAGCGCAUACACGCACCUCAUACAUCUGUUGCACCUAAAUAUACUCUCUCUGCCGAUAGAGAUACACCUGACUAUUGACAUUCGACCGCCAGUGCGCUCCGCGUCGUUGCAUGUAGCCGCAUUGUCGUUACCGUUUCGAGCCCCGUUGAAACAGCAAAAGUUUCGCCAUGGCUGACGAGCUAAACGAGGACGGCGGCGAAUUCAACACCGCCAAGUUCGGGCUUCGUUUGCGGGGCCGCAAGGGCGCGCUCAAGAAGAAGAACGUUUACAACAUCAAAGACCACAGAUUCAUCCCCAGGUUCUUUAAACAGCCCACGUUUUGCUCGCACUGCAAGGAUUUCAUUUGGGGUUUCGGAAAGCAGGGAUAUCAGUGUCAAGUUUGCAGUUUCGUGGUACACAAGAGGUGUCACGAAUAUGUCACCUUCACAUGUCCUGGCGUUGAUAAAGGGGUCGACACAGAUGAUACGCGAACAAAACAUAAUUUUAAGGUGCAUACAUAUUCAUCUCCUACAUUUUGUGACCAUUGCGGUUCACUAUUGUACGGAGUGCUCCAUCAGGGAAUGAAAUGUUCAGUAUGUGAUAUGAACGUUCACAAACGUUGCGAGGAGAGCGUCCCGAACUUAUGUGGUUGUGAUCAUACAGAACGUAGAGGCAGAAUACUUUUAAAAAUUACGUGUGCAGGCAAUAAACUAACAGUUGAAGUGAAAGAAGGUCGAAAUCUAAUUCCAAUGGACCCGAAUGGAUUCAGCGAUCCGUACGUUAAGCUCAAACUAAUACCGGAUUUGGAUAACAUAAAGAGAAAAACGAAAACAAUCAAAGCUUGCUUAAACCCCGUCUGGAAUGAAACUUUAGUUUUCGACCUAAAGCCAGAAGACAAGGACAGACGGCUGCUCAUCGAGAUAUGGGAUUGGGACAGGACUUCCAGGAACGAUUUCAUGGGAUCGCUUUCCUUCGGGAUAUCGGAAAUCUUGAAGGCGCCAGCCGAUGGCUGGUUCAAACUUUUGACGCAGGAGGAAGGUGAAUUUUACAACGUGCCAGUGCCAGAAGAGGGCGUAGAUUUGGCAAACUAUAAAGCAACAGCAAUAAGAAAAACCUCAAUACCAAAAAAGACACCUGUUCUCGUGGACAAAGAUGUUCCACACAAUAUGGGCAAAAAGGAUAUUAUCAGAGCUAGUGAUUUCAAUUUUCUUAUGGUGCUUGGAAAAGGUUCUUUCGGAAAGGUGAUGUUAGCUGAAAGAAAAGGUACGGAUGAAUUGUACGCAAUAAAGAUCCUUAAAAAGGAUAUCAUUAUACAGGAUGAUGAUGUUGAGUGCACCAUGGUGGAGAAGAGGGUUUUGGCUUUAUCCACUAAGCCACCGUUUCUGGUUCAGCUUCAUUCCUGUUUUCAAACUAUGGAUCGACUUUAUUUUGUUAUGGAAUAUGUUAACGGAGGCGAUUUAAUGUUCCAAAUUCAACAAUGUGGAAAAUUCAAAGAACCCGUUGCAGUAUUCUAUUCGGCAGAAAUAGCUAUUGGGCUCUUCUAUCUGCACACUCGCGGUAUAGUGUACAGGGAUUUAAAGUUGGACAACGUUUUGCUUGAUCAAGAUGGCCACAUUAAAAUCGCGGAUUUUGGCAUGUGCAAGGAGGGCAUCACUGGAGAUAAAACGACUAAAACGUUCUGUGGCACUCCCGACUACAUAGCCCCAGAAAUUAUUUUGUAUCAACCCUAUGGUAAAUCCGUUGAUUGGUGGGCUUACGGGGUGCUCUUGUACGAGAUGCUCAUUGGUCAGCCUCCGUUCGAUGGUGAGGAUGAAGAAGAGCUAUUUGCAGCAAUUACAGAUCACAAUGUCAGUUAUCCCAAAGGAUUGUCCAAGGAGGCUAAAGACGUCUGCAAAGGGCUUCUCACAAAGAAUCCAAACAAACGGCUGGGGUGUAGUGCUAAUGGUGAAGAAGACGUUCGUGGACAUGCUUUCUUCAGGCGGAUAGAUUGGGAGAAAAUCGAAAACAGAGAGGUUCAGCCUCCUUUUAAACCAAAAAUUAAACAUCGUAAAGAUGUGAGCAACUUCGACAAACAAUUCACCUCGGAAAAGACCGAUCUAACACCUACAGACAAACUGUUUAUGAUGAACUUAGAUCAAACGGAAUUUAUGGGUUUCUCGUUUCUCAACCCGGAAUUCGUGCAGCACGUUUAAGAAAAACCUUGCCGAUAAAACUUUUCUACUUAAAACAAACAUCAUGAUUAAUAUGUAAUUCAGUCUAAAACAACGCGCCCAUGGUGCGACUUAAUUAACUAACAAAGAGAUCGGGAAUUUCAGGGGUGACCGCAGUUUUUCGACCAAAAAUAUUUAAGGCAUAUCACUUGCGGUUUCCUCUGAUAUUCUCACUGUAAAAAUAAAUCUAAUGACGAAAACGAUAAUGAAUACAAAAUAAUAUCAAACAUAUCUUAAAACUCCCAAUUUGUCGCCCUUAUUACUUUUCCUCUAAACAGCUAUCAACUAAUUAAAAUGUGUUAUAUUUUAGAUUAGUUAGUUAAUUGUUCGCUAUAGCGUAUACGCCAAACAUUCCACGUCGACAGAAUCUCUAUUAAUGGUUAAAGCAUAUAAUCAUUAGUUUGUAGCAAUAAAAACAUUCCAUAGGUUUUAGAGUUUCAUGCCUAGGCUGAAUUGCAUGUUGAUUGACAAUUAGAGUUUUUUGAAGUCUCUUUGCAUGUUUUUAGAUAAAUUAUAAAAGCCAUGUUUUGUGCAGGUUUUAUAGAAAAUUUUGGCAUGUACAAUAUUUUUGAUUACCUAUACAUACUCUAAAAGAACAAAAAUAAUAAACAGCAUGUUUUACCACCAAUAUCUGUUGUCUCUGGGCCACAGUCUUAUAUCAAGGUCUGGAUGUGAGUACUUCAUUUAACCGCGUUGUAUAAUGAAAUAUGUGUUUGUCAGUAUUAUUAAUUUAACGUAAUUUUAUUUAGGACACCUUGUGUAAUAUGUUCUUGCAUUGAGACUUUAAUAGUAAUUAAUAUCUAAGUUUUAGAUAAUAAGAAUCAUUGCCUCUACCUUUAUGGACUGUGCACUCUAAUCGUAAGGUAGUUGACACAUCUUUCUUACAGUUCUUCCAAUGUCAUUUUGACUGUGACGUAAUUAAAUAACUUUAUAUGAACAUAAAUUUUUUGAGUUCAAUCAUUCUAUACUUAUUCAAAAUGAAUUAUUUUUGUUUGAUUGAUUGUAUAAAAAUUGUAAA